CGACCUGGGGAGCGAGCUGGAGGGAUCUGGGGAGCGUGCAAAGACCUCUAGCUCGAACGCGAGGGACCUCCCGCCGGGAUGCCUGGGGAGCAGAUGGACCCUACUGGAAGUCAGUUGGAUUCAGAUUUCUCUCAGCAAGAUACUCCUUGCCUGAUAAUUGAAGAUUCUCAGCCUGAAAGCCAGGUUCUAGAAGAUAAUUCCGGUUCUCACUUCAGUGUGCUAUCUAGACACCUUCCUAAUCUACAGACACACAAAGAGAACCCUGUGUUGGAUCUUAUGUCCAAUCCUGAACAGACAGCUGGAGAAGAACAAGGAGACAAUAAUAGUGAGUUCCGUGAACAUUUGGAAGAAAACAAGGCUGCAGAGCCUGUAGAUUCUUCUCAGCUGGGCACAUGUGGUUCCAUCAGUCAGGUCAUUGAACAGUUGCCUCAGCCAAAUAGGACAAGCAGUGUUCUGGGAAUGUCAGUGGAAUCUGCUUCUGUGGGUGAAGAGAAGGAAGAAGAGGUGGAAGAGAAGGAGAAAGAGGAGAAGGAAGAAGAUGGUACCACACAUUCCAUAGGUGAUGAAGAUCCUGCCUCAUCACAGUUGGGCUUUGGAGUUUUGGAACUCUCCCAGAGCCAGGAUGUUGAAGAGCAUACUGUGCCAUAUGAAGUAAACAAAGAACGCCUACAGUCAGUAACUGCUACUGACUCUGGUUAUACCAGGCUGUCUGAUGUGGAUGCUAACAUUGUUAAGUGUGGAGAACAGUCCAGUGAAGAUAUCCUCGUGGCAGGACCACCUAGCAAGGAUGAGCCCAUGAUAAUAGAGCCCAGUAAGGAAGCACACGUAGUAGAAGAGCAAAAUCCACAACCUGCUAGGCCAGAGGCCAUGCCUUCUAGUCCCAAAGUAUCUCUUGCUGCUGCGGAAUCUGCUCGGGAACUUCUGGAAGGGGAACUCCAGAUUCAGAAGUCACCAGAGCCUGAGAUUUUGUCAACUCAGGAAGACUUGUUUGACCAGAGCAAUAAAACAGCCUCUGAUAGUUGCUCAACUCCUUCAAGGGAGGAAGGUGGAUGCUCUCUGGCCUCCACACCUGCCACCACUCUGCACCUCCUGCAGCUUUCUGGUCAGAGGUCCCUUGUUCAGGAGAGUCUUUCCACGAAUUCCUCAGAUCUUGUUGCUCCUUCCCCUGAUGCUUUCCGAUCUACCCCUUUUAUCGUACCUAGCAGUCCCACAGAGCAAGGAGGGAGAAAAGAUGAGCCGAUGGACAUGUCAGUGUUACCUGAAGAAGGGGGAGAACCUUUUCAGAAGAAACUCGAUGAUGAACCAGUGGAGUUAGAAAACCCACCUGAGCCAACUGUUUCACCACAAGCCUCUACACCAGUAUCUCAGAGCAUGCCAGUCUUCACUCCUGGGUCACUUACUGUCCCAUCCCAGCCUGAAUUUUCUCAUGACAUUUUCAUUCCGUCUCCAAGUUUGGAAGAAGGAUCAAAUGAUGGAAAGAAAGAUGCAGACUUGCAUAGUUCAUCUUUGACUGUGGAGUGUUCUAAAACCUCAGACAUUGAGCCAAAGAAUUCCACUGAGGAUCUUGGGCUUUCUUUGACAGGGGAUUCUUGCAAGUUGAUGCUUUCAACGAGUGAGUAUAGUCAGUCUCCAAAGAUAGAGAACUUGACUUCCCAUAGGAUUGAUGAAGAUGGAGAAAACACACAGAUUGAGAAUACUGAGCCCAUGUCUCCAGUUCUCAAUUCUAAACUUGUCCCCACUGAAAAUGACGGUAUCUUAAUGCAUCCAGCACAGGAUGACAAAGUAGACCUGGGUCAUAAUGAUGACAAAACAAAGGAAGAUGAUACAGAGACCAGAGAUGACAUUAAUAUUUUAGCUACUGGUUGCAAAGGCAGAGAAGAGACUGUAGCAGAAGACAUUUGUAUUGAUCUCACUUGUGAUUCAGGAAGUCAGGCAGUUCCUUCUCCAGCUACUCGAUCUGAGGCACUCUCUAGUGUGUUAGAUCAGGAGGAAGCUAUUGAAAUUAAAGACCACCAUCCAGAGGAGGGGUCUUCAGGGUCUGAGGUAGAAGAAAUCCCUGAAACUCCUUGUGAAAGUCAAGAAGAACCCAAAGAAGAAAAUAAGGAGAGCACACCAUUUCAUCUUUCUUUAACUGAAACUCAGUCUCAAGGGUUGUGUCUUCAAAAUGAAAUCUCAAAACAAGAAUGUCAGGAAGCUAUGGAAAUUGAAACCAGUGUGAUUAGUAUUGACUCUCCCCAAAAGCUGCCAGUGCUUGACCAAGAAUUGGAACACAAAGAUCAGGAAGCUUGGGAAGAAGCUACUUCAGAGGACUCGAGUGUUGUCAUUGUAGAUGUGAAGAAUCCAUCCCCCAGAGUUGAUGUUUCUUCUGAACCAUUGGAGGGAAUGGAAAAAUGCUCAGAUUCACAGUCCUGGGAGGAUGUUGCUCCAGAACUAGAACCUAGUGCUGAGAAUAGACCAGAUAUCCAGGAGGAAAAGAGUGUAGAAUAUGAAGAUCGGAAAUCACUAACUUCAGAAAAGGAACCUGUAGAGGAAGACUCUCCACAGUCCCCUUUGCCUUCAGUGAGAGCAGAUGAUACUCCAAGACCUGACCAGGAAAUGCAGCAACCCCAUCCUCAAGAGAAAACAGGUGAUGCAUUAACAGAAGACUCAAAAAUGGCUGAUGCAAAGCAGUUGGGCUCUGGAGUAGAGGCCCAGCAACUGGAGAAGGCCUCUGCCCAUGCCUCACAAAGCUUCUGUGAAAACUCCAGUGAAACUCCAUUUCAUUUCACUUUGCCUAAAGAAGGUGAUAUUAUCCCACCCUUGACUGGCACAACCCCACCUCUCAUUGGGCACCUUAAAUUGGAACCCAAGAGACACAGUACUCCUAUUGGUAUUAGCAAGUAUCCAGAAAGCACUGUAACAACCAGUGAUGUCAUGUCUGAAAGCAUGGUGGAGACUAAUGAUCCCAUUCUUGGGAGUGAAAAAGGGGAUUCUGAGGCUGCCCCAGAAGUAGAUGAUAAAUUAUGCCUAAGAAUGAAACUGGUCAGUCCUGAAACUGAGACUAGUGAAGAGUCUUUGCAAUUUAGCCUGGAAAAGCCUGCAAAUGGUGAAAGAAAAACUGCUGUUGCUGAGGCUGUUGCCAGUCCUCAGAAGACGAUGUCUGUAUUUAGCGGUAUCUGUGAAGCCAGGCAAGAGGAUGAGGCACGAACGCAGGAAACUCACUCUGUACCCAUCAGGGGGAAUUUGCUCUGUUUUCCAAGUACUCAAGAAGAAGUGGAGAAGGAAGAAUUAGAGGGUGACCAAAGGACUAGUCAGAGUCAGCAGCCUUUGAAACCCUUUAGCGUUACCCAGGACUCUGCUUCUCCAGCUUCCCAGCAGAUGGCCAUGCAGGGGCCAUCAAGUCCUCAAGGAGAAGCAAUGGAGACUGAUGUACCAGAAGGACAGAAAGAAGGACAGAAUACCAAUCAGGAAAAACUUAGUAAGGCCUUGGUUGAAAGGCCUAGCCAAAAUAACAUAGGAAUCCAGACCAUGGAGUGUUUCCCAUGGGCCCCAGAAACUGUUACAGCAGCAACCCAGACUGUGAAGAAUGUGUGUGAGCAGGGGACCAGUACCAUGGACCAGAACUCUGGAAAACAAGAUGCUACAGUUCAGACUGAGAAGGGGAGUGGUGAGAAAUUGGCCAGUGCUCCUGGGGAUGAUACAGAGUCACUUCAUAGCCAGGGAGAGGAAGAAUUUGAUAUGCCUCAGCCUCCACAUGGCCAUGUCUUGCAUCGCCACAUGCGAACAAUCCGUGAAGUACGCACACUUGUCACUCGUGUCAUCACAGAUGUGUAUUAUGUGGAUGGGACAGAAGUAGAAAGAAAAGUAACUGAGGAGACUGAAGAACCAGUUGUAGAAUGUCAGGAGUGUGAAACUGAAGUUUCCCCUUCACAGACUGGGGGCUCCUCAGGUGACCUGGGGGAUAUCAGCUCAUUCUCCUCCAAAGCAUCCAGCUUACAUCGCACAUCAAGUGGGACGAGUCUCUCAGCCAUGCACAGCAGUGGCAGCUCAGGAAGAGGAGCCGGACCACUCAAAGGGAAAACCAGCGGGACAGAACCCGCAGAUUUUGCCUUACCCAGCUCUCGAGGAGGCCCAGGAAAACUGAGUCCUAGAAAAGGGGUCAGUCAGACAGGGGCGCCAGUGUGUGAGGAGGAUGGUGAUGCAGGCCUUGGCAUCAGACAGGGAGGGAAGGCUCCCGUCACGCCUCGUGGGCGCGGGCGAAGGGGCCGCCCACCUUCUCGGACCACUGGAACCAGAGAAACAGCUGUACCUGGCCCCUUGAGCAUAGAAGACAUUUCAUCCAACAUGUCAUCAGAUGAUAAAUCCUUCACCCGUAUUGUGCCCCGAGUAUCAGACUCCACCAGACGAACAGACAUGAAUACUGGUGCUUUGCGUCGCAGCGACUCUCCAGAGAUUCCGUUUCAGGCUGCUGCUGGCCCCUCUGAUGGCUUAGAUACCUCCUCUCCAGGGAAUAGCUUUGUAGGGCUUCGAGUUGUAGCCAAAUGGUCAUCCAAUGGCUAUUUUUACUCUGGGAAAAUCACACGAGAUGUUGGAGCUGGGAAGUAUAAAUUGCUGUUUGAUGAUGGGUACGAGUGUGAUGUGUUGGGCAAAGACAUUCUAUUGUGUGACCCCAUCCCGCUGGAUACUGAAGUGACUGCCCUCUCGGAGGAUGAGUAUUUCAGUGCAGGAGUGGUGAAAGGGCAUAGGAAGGAGUCUGGGGAGCUGUACUACAGCAUUGAAAAAGAAGGCCAGCGGAAGUGGUAUAAGCGAAUGGCUGUCAUCUUGUCCUUAGAGCAAGGCAACAGACUGAGAGAACAAUAUGGACUUGGCCCAUAUGAAGCAGUAACACCCCUCACCAAAGCAGCAGAUAUCAGCUUAGACAAUUUGGUGGAAGGGAAGCGGAAACGGCGCAGUAACGUCAGUUCCCCAGCCACCCCCACUGCCUCUAGUAGCAGCAGCACAACUCCUACCCGUAAGAUCACAGAAAGCCCUCGUGCCUCCAUGGGAGUUCUCUCAGGCAAAAGAAAACUUAUCACUUCUGAAGAGGAGCGGUCCCCUGCCAAACGUGGCCGAAAGUCUGCCACUCUGAAACCUGGUGCAGUGGGGGCAGGAGAGUUUGUGAGCCCUUGUGAAAGUGGAGACAACUUGGGUGAGCUCUCUGUCCUGGAAGAGCAGAGAGGACCUUUGCCCCUCAACAAGACCUUGUUUCUGGGCUAUGCCUUUCUCCUCACCAUGGCCACAACCAGUGACAAGUUGGCCAGCCGCUCCAAACUGCCAGACGGUCCUUCAGGAAGCAGUGAAGAAGAGGAGGAAUUUUUAGAAAUUCCUCCUUUCAACAAGCAAUAUACAGAAUCCCAGCUUCGAGCAGGAGCUGGCUAUAUCCUUGAAGACUUCAAUGAAGCCCAGUGUAACACAGCCUACCAGUGUCUCCUAAUUGCGGAUCAGCAUUGUCGAACCCGAAAGUACUUCUUGUGCCUUGCCAGUGGAAUUCCUUGUGUAUCUCAUGUCUGGGUCCAUGACAGUUGCCAUGCCAACCAGCUCCAGAACUACCGCAAUUAUUUGUUGCCAGCUGGGUACAGCCUUGAAGAGCAAAGAAUUCUGGAUUGGCAACCCCGAGAAAAACCCUUCCAGAAUCUGAAGGUACUGUUGGUAUCAGAUCAACAACAAAACUUUCUGGAGCUCUGGUCUGAGAUCCUCAUGACUGGGGGGGCAGCCUCUGUGAAGCAGCACCAUUCAAGUGCCCAUAACAAAGAUAUUGCUUUGGGGGUAUUUGAUGUGGUGGUGACAGACCCCUCAUGCCCAGCCUCGGUGCUGAAGUGUGCUGAAGCAUUGCAGCUGCCUGUGGUGUCACAAGAGUGGGUGAUCCAGUGUCUCAUUGUUGGGGACAGAAUUGGAUUCAAGCAACACCCAAAAUAUAAACACGAUUAUGUUUCUCGCUAA